UUGGGCCUCAGAACUUUCCACAAACGUUUCCGUCUCUAUGGUGAUGCACAGGCUGCUGAAGCAGAAGCUGGGUGAGAAGGAGGCGGUAGCAGGCAAGGGGCAGCCAUGGGAAGAAGGUCUGGCUGCAGAAAACCAUGCAGGGUCCUGAUUCUUUCAGACCAACUGAGACACCUCGCCAGGAGUCUGCAGAACCAUGUGGACAGGCCUGCCCUAACCUCCUACUUCCCACCACCAGGUGGCUGCUUGGGAGGCACAGGUGCUUCUGUUGGCUGCUUGCACCUGGGACCGGGGGACUCCCCUGGGAGCCCACUUCCUUUGAUGUUUAAACCUCACCCUUCUGCGGCCCUCAGAGGCCAUGACUCAGGUGAAAGGAGUCCAUUUUGCCCAGCCCCCUGGUCUCAUGCAGCCGUUCAGCAUCCCCGUUCAAAUUACACUCCAGGGCGGCCGGAGACGCCAGGGGAGGACAGCCUUUUCUACCUCAGGUGGGAAGAGAAACAUAGAUCACAGUGAUGGAGACCCACCAGAUAUGCAUCAGAAGCUGCCAUCCAGUGCUGGAGAGGACCGAGCCAUGCUGUUAGGGUUUGCAAUGAUGGGCUUCUCUGUCCUAAUGUUCUUCUUGCUUGGAAUCACCAUGCUAAAGCCCUUUAUGCUCAGCACUCAGAGAGAAGAAUCAAACUGCACCAUCAUCCACACACACAUCAUGGACGACUGGAUGGACUGUGCUUUCACCUGUGGGGUGGACUGCCAAGGUCAGGGCAAGUACCCAUGCCUGCAGGUGUUUGUGAACCUCACCCAUUCAGGUCAGAAAGCUCUCCUACAUUAUAAUGAAGAGGCUGUCCAGAUAAAUUCCAAGCGUGAUGUUACAGACUGCAAAGUUAAAGAAAAGCAGACAUUGACAGUUUCUGAUGAGCACAAACAUUAAGUGCAGUCACAGGCCAAACUUCUUGCCAGGAGCAGCAAGACUGGGAAGAGGUCUUAAAUUUAGUGACACUGUAUAUUAUUCUAUAUUCUCAGUACAGGAACACAUGCAUCUUGCUGUGUCAAAUACUUUUGGGGCCAUCAUCAAAAGAACAUUUAAAAACAUUUUCCUCCUAACUAAUGCAAUAUACUACAGGACUCCAAUUCAUUGAAUGACAAAAUAUAGAGAAAUAGAUUUGCUACAAUAAAUGGGGCUAAAACAUGUGAUGGGAGCUCCUUUUCGAACCUUCCAGAGACAACAACAUUUGAUGUGUCAGUCCUCUAAUUUUGGUAGUACCACAUUCCCCAAGAUGUUAAAGUGUUAAGUUCCAAAAGGAUACAUUCUUUUAGAUUUUAUUCAACUCAAAGUCUGAGGACUGGAUCACACUGAAGCUAUUACUUGCACUUGAAAUUUUGUUUCCAUAGCAAACAACAUUUCUAGAAAUCAGAUAAAGGCCAAGGUCUCCAAUCACUCUUACGAACAUAAAUCUGAUAAGGGGUUUUUACUUAUGAAAUCAAUAGAUAAUUACCACAUUUGGACAUUUAUACUAGAAUUAAGGAGUUGAGUCUUAUUAAAAAUAUUCUGAGAAAAAAGUAAAACAAUGAAAAUUUUCUGCCUCCUCACUAACCUAGAAGGAUUAAUAAAAGUAAGAAUCACCUGAAAAUAUAUACACAGCUCUUAGCAUAACCACAAAAUUAUUAUCGUGAGAGACUAAAUUGUUUCAGAUAGGUUCAUAAACUCAACUGGCUUACAAAAUGCAUUAAAAACCCUUCCCAUACUUACCAACACGAGGACUGGAGACUACUGUUGGUAGUGAAAAUCAGCUACCCAACUACAUAAAUAUGUACAGUGGACUGAUUUUACUUUUUUCUUCCCAGCUAAACUGUUAAAUGCAGUUGUGUAAAAUUAAGUUAUAAAGAUUUUCUUAUGGCUCAUAACUGUCACUUUAUGCUAACUAGCAGGCUAAAAUAUGAACAUAUCUAAAACAAGCAAAAGGAAUGGUGCUGCAUUGAUAAAAAGUGCAAAACCUUACUCAAGUGGAGUACUUAAACAAAAUAAGCUUGUAUAAAAACAUCCCAACUUGGGAAACUCCUAAUCAAUUCUAAACUCUUCUGAAUUUUAGAACCUUGAUGUUUAUACCUUUUAUAAAUGAUGCCUCUUGACUAGGGCUAGCAAGCACUUUGUAUACAAAUAGAAAUGUCUGCAAAUAUACACACAUCAAUUUCACUCAUAAUAAAGAAAACAAAAUGAAUUUCAAAUGCUGAAUUCAAGAACCUAGUACCAUCAACCUCCUGGCACUAUUGCCUUUUCCAAAUGGCUGAAGCAAUGAUUAAAUUUUAACCCAACUUUUUUUCUUAAUGUCUCCAAUGCCAUUAAAAAUAAGGCAUGCCAAUUCUGACUUUAUAAAUCUAAAAUACAGUGCUCUGCAAAUUUCUGUAAAUCAGAGCUGGAAGUGUUGAACUGUGACUCAUCUAUUUAUUUUUUUUCUUAUUAACCUUCUGAGGUAGAGUUACCAAUCCAAUUUUAUCAGAACCAUUGUUAUCUUGAGCUGAACCCUAUACUCUUUUCAGAAAGUGAAAAUAACUUUUAGGAAAAAAAGAAAAAAGGCUUCUCAGGCCAUGGCACAUAAGAUACAUUUACAGUUUUUAAUGUAAUAAUUAAAAAAUAAAAAUGGUUUGUCUUUAUAGUUUAAAAAACAGCCCAGCUGUAUUAUUCCCUAUCAUCAAGAAUUAUUAUCUGAGGAUGCUAUCAAUGCUGAGUCAUAUAGUUCAGACUCACAAUCCCAUCCUUGAUGAAGAGUUAAUUCCCUCAUGUUAUGCACAAUACACUCACAACUUUCAGCCUUCUCUUAGUGUCUGAUCUGAGCAGGAUGGAUAUGAAGCAUGUAAUUCAUCCAAACAACUCCUCCCUAUUCUGCCUCCUCCCCUCCACAUUCCCCUCUCCUGAGAAACAUCUGAAGUAUGAAAGUUGUUUUUAAAUAGUAGAAGCACCACAAUCCAUUAAUGCCACAUAGGGUUUUUAGUCUGAACUAUUUUAGUGAUGUCUUGGACAUCAAAAUCAAUUAUUAAGGUGGAUUCUGAGUGUGUGGGUCCAGCCCAGGUCUGCAGUUUGUACAGACAUAAAAACAAAAGGAACUUACAACAGUCAGAGGUUAAUUUGCUGGCUUUAAAAUAAUGCUGAAAAUUAAAUUUCUUCAAAGAGUUGGCAAGCAGGGACUAUUGGUCAGGAUAUGUAUUAAACUGAUUUACAAAUCAUUAAGAGACAAAUCCAAGUUUAUGUACUGUGAAAUUUCCAUGAUACCUUUAAAAUAAAUAGCCUGCUCCUAGUUUUUUUUAUAAAUGCCAAAUCACUCAAUUUUUGAUGGAAAAAAUACAGAUGGACUGUGUUUUACCUAUGUGAAAAAUCACCAAUCUAUU